AUGGCUCAUCCCUUCUGUCCAUCCCAGUGCACCUGUGUCUUCCAUGGACAUACCGACGGAACGGGAUCCAGAUCAGUGCUCUGCAAUGACCAAGACAUGUUGGACAUCCCCGUCAACGUCCCUGUGGAUACGGUCAAACUUCGUAUUGAGAAAACUAUGGUGCGACGAAUCCCUACGGAAGCUUUUUACUACCUGGUGGAGCUGCGGUUCCUGUGGAUUACUUACAAUGCCGUCAGCUCAGUGGAUACUGCAAGUUUCUACAACCUCAAAGUGCUCCACGAGCUGCGGCUGGACGGGAAUAUGAUCUCCGUUUUCCCUUGGGAGUCUCUAAAAGAGAUGCCCAGGCUGAGGACACUGGAUCUACACAACAACAGGAUCACUAAUGUUCCGAAUGAGGCGGUACCCCACCUCCUCAACAUCACCUACUUGGAUCUAUCCAGCAACAAGUUGGUCACCCUGCCCUCUGACCUCAUGGAUAUCUGGCCCCCCUUCAAUGGAGCACCUAUCUCCACUAAUGCCUCCCAGAAAGUUGUGUUAGGCCUCCAAGAUAACCCCUGGUACUGUGACUGCAAAAUCUCCAAGCUGAUCGAGCUUUCCAAAAUGACUGGCACACCAGUGGUUUUGAUGGACCUAUUGAUGACCUGCAGCGGACCAGAGAAUAUGGCUGGUGUCCCUUUUCAGCGGGCUGAGCUUGACAAUUGCAUAAAGCCGUCGGUCAUGACUUCGGCAACCAAGAUCACAUCUCCUUUGGGCAGUAAUGUCCUCCUGCGCUGUGACGCCACAGGGCUUCCAACACCAACGCUUUAUUGGGCGAAGUCAGAUGGCUCGCAAUUCAACAACACAGUCCAGGAGUCACCUGGAGAGGGCAUCAGAUGGUCCAUCAUGAGCUUGCAUGGAAUAUUACACAAAGACGCCGGAAACUACAGUUGCAGAGCUAAGAAUGUUGCCGGCAACGCAGACGCCACCAUAUCUGUCUCGGUUGCUGGUGGCAUCAGUACCACCAUCCCCCCACUGAGGCCUAGCAUUGAAACCGAACAGACGAGUCUAGGCACAACAUUUACUCCCCCAAUGGACACUACCAACUCGCCCAGCACCACCGCCACAGUUCCCCCAAGAGCGUCGACAGCGGUUGCCCCUAAGAAGCCGAAAACUACCACCAGCACCAGUGUACAGAAAGACUCGCUCAAACAAGCAAAAAACCAGCAAGAAGGCAAUGGGAGAAAGCUCGCGGCAGAUGAAAAGAGCAAAAAAAGUGAUGCAUCAAAGUCCGUCAAAGACCUUAAGAUUGUAGAGGAAACUGCUGACAGUGCAGUGUUGCUCUGGACAGCGGAUGGGUUACCAAAUGACGCCCCACUAACGGUGGUAUACUCACCCUAUGAUGAGGAUGACAUCAAAAGGACAUUGGAGACUGACGCUGGCAGCGGGAAAGUGCUCCUCGAGGGACUGUCAUCUGGGACGAGGCACUCGGUUUGCCUCGUAGCAAAAGGGAGUGCUGCUGGAAAAGAUCCUUGCAUUGAUUUCUACACAUUGGACAACGUAAAGGACGGUGGGCAGAGCGCGCUUUUCAUUAUCAUCAGCGGCAUCGCUUGUGCUUUGGUUGUGUCUCUUAUUGCACUGCUGAUCUACAAGAUUCUCGCUCUGUACUGCAGUGGACAGAACACAGCUUCGGACGAAGAGGAGCUGGAAAAAGACAGCUACGUCAAUUUUGAGACCAUUUCAAUGAAGCAAAGGACCUUGAACUCUCACCCAACUGAGCUUUGGGCAAGGAGAGCGACUCAUGAAUCAGAGCGAAUGCUCCUGUGCUCCAGGUCAAGUAUUGACUCUCAGAUGACUUAUAAAAGUGACAGUUCCCGCUGUGAGUAUCUCUGCUGA